AAUCCAGGCCUCGCUUCCCUCAGCCUCAGCCUCAGCCGAUUGAACGGACAGCCGUGGGACACACCACACCAUGUGUUAUAGAAGCGGCGGCAAGGUAUAAGCAACACCGUUAUCGGGACCUAUCCCGCCAGAUCACCAUUCGAACCAAACUAGCCGCGGCUAGUCGUCACCGCGAUCGACACACACGAGCAUCGAUAUUGAAUCCGGCCAAUCUCUACUCAUCUGUUAACACCACCGACGAUGCAAUGGCCAGCUUCAAUUCCAUACCACAGCUCCCCAAUGGCGCACCAGUCGAUACUGCCGACGCCCUCGGGCUGAACGCCGCCGGUCAACCUAUGGGCAUGGGAAUGGGAAUGGGCAUGGGCGAUCCCUUUGGCUUUGAAGAAGCGCUUCUUGAUGUCAACGCCGACCUCCACGCCGGAAUCCCCUUCACCCCCUCCGCCUACGACUUCGACAACUUCACCUUCGAAGACCCCUUCUCCACGACAACAUCCUUCCCACCCCUCCCCGCGCACUCGCAAGGGCACAGCCACAUCCACAUCCAGGGCCAUGGCCACACACCAUAUAACCUCCCAUCCGUCGGCGGGGGUCCCAUCGUCGGCGCCGUCGCCGCCGAAGCCGAAGCCGCCCUCAAAAUAACCACCAACGAAGUCGACUCGCCCUCCGACCUGCUCGACAACAAGCUGCUCGGCUUCAGCCCGCCCAUCCCCUCCGGGCAAGCGACCCUGGUCGACUCUGAAACGGGGCGGUUCGCCGACUUGAACAUGACUGCUGAGCUAUACGGCAUGUUUUUUGUUGCCGAGGAUGUGUUUGCCAGUAACACGCCCGUUAGUGAUCAAGGACAGGGACUAGGACAGGCACAGGGACAGGCACAGCACCCCGGUGCGAGGCCGUUGGAGUUGACGUGUUAUCGGAGGAAUCUCUGGCAAUGUACAGGGCAGAUUACGUUGCCUAGACAUGCGUUGCAUUGCUCGCUUUUGCUGGAUGGCAACGAGCAGCAGGGUGGUGGCAACGGGGUAGGGAGACAGGUGCGGAUCAAAGAGCUGUGGGCGUCCAUCACGGCUAUGGAGAGUAUCGAGGGGAAACCGACGGAGAUUAUCAGCAUUCCGUGGAAGAGUAAUAAUCCCGCUUUUGCCGCUGCAGGGGGAGGGGGACAACAACAGGGACAGCAGCCAGAAGAAUCGUCAAGGACAGCGACCACACCACCAAAGCAGUUACUCGACUUAUCCGCCGGACAAGAAAUCGAUAAAAGCGGGAACAGAGUGUCGAUACCCGUGUCGUGGAAGCGGUUGCAAUUUAAGCACGCCACGGCGAAUAAUGGACGGAGAAAGGGGUUGCAGCAGCAUUAUGUGGUGCAAAUCAACUUGUUGGCCAAGACCGCUGAGUCGGGGGACAAGCUGAUCAAGUUGGCGGAGAUCCAAUCUGGCCCGGUGAUUGUGAGGGGGAGGAGUCCGAGGAAUUUUGACAGUAGGAGGGAUGUGCCGUUGACGGGCGAUCGGAAGGGCAUGUUGCAACGGACAAAUACGGAGGGGUCUGGUGGUGUUGGUGCUGGUGCUGGUGGGAACAGCAGCCAUGACAAACAACAGACGCAGCAGCAGCAGCAGCAGGGUAUGGAUAGGACCGAGAUGCUCCAGAGAUAUCAUUCGUUGGGAAAUCAGCCAUCAGACUGGUCAUCCUCAACCGGCGGGCCCACCCCCCAACCCUUCAGCACCUCACCCAACCUCCAUCAACAACAACACCCCAACAAGAAACUCGCCAUGUCCUCUAACUCUCCGGGAUCUUCUUCUCGACCACCAAUACCAUCAUGGGGAUCCUUAUCCUCGGACGUCGCCAACAAUCACAACAGUGGCUCACGAAGGAAUCCCACGCCCUUAGCUGCCCCAAACAGAACCAGUCAUCACAGAAAUGCCUCCUCCUCUGCAGGUGCCCUGCCAAUUAGUUUGUCCCUGUCGGAAGACGAGCAGAGGAGUCCGCCUAUGAAUAGGACUGCUACUCCUGGCUCGACGGGGGCAGGGGCGGGGGCGGGAGAUAGUCCGUUAUAUGGCAAGAUAAAUGUCCCUGGUGGCAUGAAGAGGAAUACAGCUGGGAAAGGGAUGGGUUUUGGCACUGGAUCGAGAGGACUUACUACUCACUCCUCCAACAAUAAGGGUGAUAGCCACUUUGAAAGUGGAAGUCUGGGGCAGAAUCAGUACCAGAAGGAAAAUGUGGGAAGUCCGAUUGAGGCGGCUGAUCUUUUGUAUGAGUACUUUCCGCUGAGUUUGGAUGAUUGGAUGCCACCAGUAGACGCAGUCUACCGCCCCCACGUCGUACACCACACCAUCGUCCCGCCCGAAAUCAAGGCGCAACAAACGAAUAGCAGGACAAAACGGUAUUUUGCUGCUGAGUGAGUGAGUGAGUGACUGAUGAAUUAACGAAUGAAUGUCUUGAGCGGCUAGUUGGGUG